AUGGCUCCAGUGACUGAUUUCGGAACAAAUCCUCGCUAUGCUCAGGAACAAACCGUAGAGAAUUCCAAUGGGAUUCGACCAAGGCAAGGUCACAAAAUCAUCAUUAAUCAGUCGAAGAAGGAAUUGUUCAACAUCCAUUCCGGGUUAAGAGGUAUUCAUCGACGUCUGAAAAAUGCAUGGACUGUAGAGACGAACCCUGAUGAGAUUACCGAUGAGUUCUUGAGGAGUCAUGUUGUUUUUAAUACUACACAUCCGAGAGCUAAAUUCAACGUUUCUGAGAUGGAGGCAAUCGGACGUUUCAUAACUAAUGGCGGAGCAGUGCUAGUACUUCUGUCGGAGGGAGGAGAACAACAAGCCGAUACAAAUAUAAAUUUUCUUCUUGAGGAAUUCGGAAUUGUCGGCAACAGCGAAGCCUUGAUUUCGAAUGGCGUUCUGAAUAGAAGCAUAGCGAUAGCUGCCAAAAAGAACGUAUCCAAUGAUCAGCAAAGUAACUCACAAACAAUCUCCUUUGUCUACCCGUUUGGAGCAUCACUUUCUGUAAAUCGUCUUUCAACUCCUGUGCUGUCAACGGCAAGCACAAAUGGCAGACUUGUGGUAUGUGGUUCUGUUCACAUGUUCUGUGAUCAGUACAUCGACAAAGAGGAGAACAGCAAAUUAUUUGUAAGUCUCCGUCUAUUGCGCUCGCAGGUGAAAAAGGGAUUA